ACCAACGCCACCUUUAAUAAAUUCGCUUUGGGUGUGCUGUCAAAUCAGUAAAAGCAAAAACAAAAUCAGCUGAUUAAAAAAAACCUCCUCAUUAAAUUCGCCUUGGAAGUAUAUUUUAUUAAUAAUUAGUUUUUGCACAAAUAUAUUUAUUAAAAAUGAGCAGCAGUGCCGGCGGCGCGCGUGCAUUACCGCAGUCAAAGGAAGCGCUACUAAAAUCCUACAACACACGUCUGAAAGAGGAUGUACGCAGCAUGUUGGAGAAUUUCGAAGAAAUAAUUAAAUUGGCACGUGGCGAAGGCGACUCUCAAAUCUCCAAAACAACACAGUGCGAGCAGGAUACAUAUGAAAUGCAAGUGCGUGCUGCGAAUAUCGUGCGCGCCGGCGAAUCACUCAUGAAACUUGUAUCAGACAUUAAACAGUAUCUAAUUUUAAACGAUUUUCACUCAGUUAAUGAGGCAAUCACCAAUAACUCGCAAUUAUUCCGUUCAAAACAAAUGGAAUGCGAUAAGAAGCUAAUGAAAUUGCGGGACGAAAUGGCAAUGGAUUUGUAUGAUCUCGAAGAGGAAUAUUAUACUAGCAUAUUUAAAUGAAAAUAAAUUAAGUUUCAAAAUA